UCUCUCUCUCUCCUCUCUGUGUGUUACACUCACUCCGCUCACAGAGAGCACAUAUUACACUCUUUUUCUUUACGGUUAUUAAUUUUGCAGUUAUUUAUUUUAGUCCUUCAUUUUUUGUUCUCGGUUCUUGUUGAGUUUUAUCUUGAACUCUGUAAACGAUGGAGCUGAGCAGGAAAGAAGUUCCACUUUACGGCCAUGCAAGAGUGUAUUUUUUACUCCCCUCAGUAAAUCACUGUGAGGAGGUGUUUGUGGUUCUGGAAGGUUCCACUCUGCAGCACGUUCUCCAGACUAAACUCCACCGUCUGCUCUACUUCAUCACUCCAGGUCAUAACCAGCAGGAGACGGUGUGUGUGAGGGCAUAUACACAUGUGGGCGGAGUGUUGAGGUGUGUGGGUGUGGCCUUUCUGACAUUUGUGGAAGAUGAUGCACAGGAACUGGCGGAGUAUCUGGUAACCCAUAGCAACCACCUCAGCACCACCGAAUACUGUGAUCUGAUUGGUCGGUACGGUUUGAGUGACAGCAGCAGGCGACUUCAUAUGGACCGCAGAGUCACACUCGCCCUGACCAACAUACACACGCCACACAGCCUGCUGGGACAGCCGGGACAAGAGUCUCUGCUGCACCUCUGUGUGCGGUUGGGGUUUGUGUGUGUGUGUGAGUUCCUGCUGUGUCAGCCUGGUGCUCUGAUGAUGAUAAAUUCAGCCAAUCAGACUGGAGACACGCCGCUACAGCUGGCCCAGCGGACCAAACAGCACGAGCUCAUCAGCCUCCUCACCCACCCCCCUAACCCUCUGACCACGCCUCUGGGCGGAGUCUCGCAGGUGUGGACGGGUCAGUCAGGCCUGCUGAGGUUCAGCCAUACCUUCAGCGUGAUGUCACUGUCUGUGUGUGUGUCCUCCGCUCACAUCCUCCACUCAGCUGUCCAGCUGCUGACCGAGUGUGUGUCCGACUGUACACUCACACAUACGAUUAAAGAGCUCUGUGUCGGGAGCAGAGCAGGAAAUAGAGAAUCUGUAUCAACAUUUUCAGAUGAACCACAAUCAAGAGAAUCACCACAUGCUGUUGUUCCGUACAGUAAGUUCAGCAGUUCCAGUGAUGAUGAUGAUGAUGAUGGUGUUGGUGGUGAUGAUGAUGAUGAAGAACUAUUAUUACCCAUAAACUCAGGCGGAUCAGAAAAUCAGCUGAACUGCGUCGGUUCUCCUGCGUUUCUCAGCCAGAGUUUAGAAACAGAACUGAGAAGCAGACGUGAAGAUGAGCAGCCUCACUUCAAACACAACUCAUCUCCCAGCAGCCAAUGGGCUCUACUGACCCACAAUGCAACAGAUCCUGAAGACACAGAGACGGCCAGCGAAAGUAAGAAGAGCAGUGAUGGAGAACCGACUGCAGAGGAAGAGAAAAAUAAACUCAUCUCUUCAUCUGACACAGAAACGGAAAAGUGCCGGACUCCGAGCGUCCUGCAGAGACGAGCGGGCAGCAACACCAACAUCCAGGCUGAUCAGGAGCAGCACUCACCUGAGCAUCUGCUUGGACAGGUGUGUGAAACACCUCACACAGAGAGGCUUCCUCAGGACUCAGGUUUCUCUGAGUUUCGCUCUGACUCUGCGUCCGUGAGCUGGAGGAACCCUCAGCAGCUAAAGGCUUUCAACAACUGUCCUAUCCUGCUGUAUUCCUCGAGCCAGAGUUCUCCGGCUCUAUUCGUCAGUCACAACAAUACUGAGACUCGCAGAAGGCGCAGUAACAGUGAGGGGUGUGGUCAUGAGGUCACUGUGAGGAAAUCCUGGUCUGUGAUUGGAGAUUCCACUUCCCGCCCGUUGACCCAGAGCUCAGCUCCUGCCCCGCUGGACUACACAGCAGAAUCCUGGAGCGCUUUGGUGGACGCCGAGUUUCUGAACACGCUGGACAGAGGAGUGGUCAAGAGGCAGGAGGUUAUCUAUGAGCUGAUGCAGACAGAGUUUCAUCACGUGCAGACGCUGAUGGUGAUGGCGGAGGUCUUGAGGCGGGGCUUACUGGAGGAAGUGCAGCUGGAGGAGGACGUGAUUGGUCAAAUUUUCCCCAGUCUGGACGACCUCAUCACGCUCCACAGAAACUUCCUAGCUGCUAUGGAGACGAGGAGGUGGAGCUCCAGCUCUGCAGAGAACUGCAUAAACUACAGAAACUACAUCAUUCAGCGAAUCGGGGAUGUUCUACUGCAGCAGUUCUGUGGGUGUGUAGGAGAUCAGGUGAUGGAGCUGUAUGGAGAUUUCUGCAGUAAACACUCCGACGCUCUCAGAAUUUACAAACAGCUUCAGCAAAACAACCGGAAGCUGCAGCUGUUCAUCAGACAGCAGAGCAGCAAUUCUGUCAUUAAGCGGAGAGAAAUCCCAGAAUUCCUGCUGCUGAUCACUCAGAGGAUCACUAAAUACCCCGUCCUGCUGGAACGACUGCUGCACUGCACUGACGAGGGCACUGUGGAGCAGCGUGACAUUGCUGCGGCACUGGAGGGUCUGAGGGGGGUGUUAGCGGGGGUCGAGCUGCACGUGUCUAAGGUCCAGCGGGCGCAGAAGCUGGAUGACAUCAUUGGCCGGCUGGACCCGAAGAGCUGCACUCGACUGAAGAGCGGAGAAAUCUACAGCAAACACACACUCACACACACCACACACACACUCACACACUCCGCAACGCUCACCUGCAGAACCACCUCCGGCAGACUCAGAGAAGUUCUUGCUCUUCUUCUCUCAGAUGUUCUGGUGUUUCUUCAGGAGAAAGAACAGAAGUUCACAUUUGCUGCUCUGGAACAGAAGUCUGCUGUAGUUCCAUUAAAGGGUCUGAUCUGGAGAGAAAUAGCCAAUCAGGAGAGAGGAUUGUUCCUGAUCAGUAGUGACUCCUCCGCCGGACCGGAGAUGUACGAGAUUCACACAAACACUCGUGAGGAGCGUAACACCUGGAUAACACACCUGCAGCAGACCACCCACAGUUUGUCUGACGGCGCUGACGGGGAGCUGAAGAGUAAUGAGGAGAAGAAAAUGAAGAAAAUUCAGAAACUACAAGAGGCUGUGUUUUCUGUGGAUCUGCAGGUGUGUGCGGCUCUGGAUGAGAAGCUGUGUGUGUGUGUGUGCGCUGGUGGGCGGAGUGUGAGUUCCCUUCAUCUGCUCAUUCAGCCACAUCACUACACACUCCACACACACACACACACACCGCAGGGACUCACUCUACUGCAGGACGCCCAGAGAGAGGUGGUUAAUCUGAUGGUCACUCUGACUCCGUGGUUUUCUCCUCACUGUGACUUUAAUCUGGACGCUGAGGGACUGCCCAGCGUGAUCUGUCCCAUAAAGCAGAUGGACGCUGUUUUAGUGACCGCAGGAUUCCCCGUCCAGAUUCACUUACAGGAGAGAAUCCAGACCCUGAUUCAGACUCUCUACAGCCUGCAGGCCGUGGUGAUUAUUCAGGACAGUUUGUUUGAGGUUCAGAAGCUCCUCCUUCUGGAUGAUGAAGCCCCACCCCGCUGGCUGCCCAUCGACUGUGUGGAUGUGAAGAGGGGGAGUGAGGAGUGGCUGAAGGCGGUGGAGGAGAGAGAGAGAGAGCAGGAGGAGGAGAUGGAGAGAUUAGAGAAAGAGUGGGCGGAGCUGGAGGCGGAGCUGCAGGAGUUUGAGGGGCAUGUUCAGACUCUAAGGGAUGAAGAGAUGAGGGUGGAGCGAGAGAGGAGGAGAGUGGAGGAGGAGAGAGAGAGCUUAGAGAGAACACUCGGCCUCACUCACAGUAACAACAACAACAAUAACACCAACAAUCUCCAACUCAGGAGUCGCUCCAUCACCACACUCCUCCACUGAUAACCAUGUGUGUGUGUGUGUUACAGUGUCCUAUGUGUAAUCUCAGACUGUCCUGUUGCUAUGGUAACUGCUGUGUAGUGUAAUAAUUACUGUAAUAUUGUAAUGUUUUAUGCUCUGACUGCAUACUCAGCAUUUAAACCGAAGUUUAAUUGGACUGUCAGAUGCUGAUUUAGGAUUUCAGGCCUUUCAGAGUUUGAGGAUUAUUCACCAUUUUACACAAAACAUUUUAUCAUAAACCAGGAGAGAAAUGGUGAUUAAGUCAACUGGAGGACGAGUUCUGUUUCUGUAACACGCAAAACGCCAGAAAUCAGCACUCAGCGCUGACGUCUCUGAUCUCCAGUUAAUGCAGUGGUAACGAAAAAAACACAAUAUAUAUCAAAACUUCACGGAAAUAACGAACAGUGCGGUGAACUGAGUGACAGUAAUGGUGUUAUCUGUAAUUUUAUGAAAUGUUCUGUAAU